UGUUGGUGUUUUGCUCUGCUGUCUCAGUGCUGUUUUCGGGGUGAGAGGCAAUUGUUAUUGCGAGCUAAAUUCGAAGAAAAUUGUAACACUUGGAAAAAGAUAAUUGGCAUCAGUCUCCUCCAGUCCCCCAGACCCUCAAAAUUCUGUAACCAAUGGAAUUUAGGAGAACUUCAACUUUAAUUUGAUUUUGCUUUUCACACUGAUAAAUCGCAAUCGCGCCACAACGUGGUGACCUUCGACGAAUCACUUCUUUCAUUGUCAGUGUCAAGCGGGAAAAAAUCGAUGGAGGACCUGACGCCAUUAACCAACCUUCAACAGUUUUAGUUCGAAUAUUAUUAUUUGUUCAACUGCCGAGUUCUCCGACUAUCAACCAACAACAUUCGACCCCACCCACACUAUCAAGUUGGGAUACAUCUAAUUUGCGAUAUUUUCUUUUCCCGAGGGUGCGCCGCGCAAGAAGAAGAUGACGGAACGUCAACCGCUGCUCCUCCAGAGCGACGCCUCCGACUACGAGGGAUCAGCGAAUCGGGCAUCGGCGGCGCGUCCCGUGCGAAGCUCUCCGCCGGAUAACACGCUGGUCAACGUGCACAGCGAGGACAGCCUAGCAGUGCACGCAGCAGCUUCGGGAUCGGGAGAUGAGGAGCAUGGAUCGAUGGAUAAGUCCAACUACAACCCCACCCACCAUCGCACCCUGGAGCAUCCGACAUCCAACUUCGACACCCUGGUGCAUUUGCUGAAGGGCAAUAUUGGCACGGGAAUUCUGGCCAUGCCGGAUGCCUUCAAGAAUGCCGGCCUCUAUGUGGGUCUCUUUGGCACCAUGAUAAUGGGUACCAUCUGCACCCACUGCAUGCACAUGCUGGUCAACUGCUCCCACGAGCUCUGUCGGCGAUUCCAGCAACCCGCAUUGGACUUCUCGGAGGUGGCAUACUGCAGUUUUGAAUCAGGACCUCUGGGACUGAGGAGGUACUCCAUGUUGGCCAGAAGGAUAAUUACCACUUUCCUGUUCAUCACACAAAUCGGUUUCUGUUGCGUAUACUUCCUGUUUGUGGCGCUGAAUAUCAAGGAUGUGAUGGAUCACUACUACAAGAUGCCCGUGCAGAUUUACCUGCUUAUAAUGCUGGGGCCCAUGAUCCUGUUGAAUUUGGUGCGGAACCUCAAGUAUUUGACUCCUGUUUCGCUGGUCGCCGCUCUUCUCACUGUGGCAGGACUGGCCAUCACCUUCUCGUACAUGCUGCAGGAUCUUCCGGAUGUGCAUACGGUCAAACCGGUGGCCACCUGGGCCACCUUGCCGCUCUAUUUCGGAACCGCCAUCUACGCAUUCGAGGGAAUUGGCGUGGUCCUGCCCCUGGAGAAUAAUAUGCGCACACCAGAGGACUUUGGCGGCACCACAGGUGUCCUGAAUACGGGCAUGGUCAUCGUGGCCUGCCUUUACACAGCUGUCGGAUUUUUCGGCUACCUGAAGUACGGCGAUCAUGUGGAGGGCAGCAUUACCCUAAAUCUGCCUCAGGGCGACACUCUUUCUCAGUUGGUGCGAAUCUCCAUGGCGGUGGCCAUCUUCCUCUCGUACACUCUUCAAUUCUAUGUACCCGUAAACAUUGUGGAGCCCUUUGUGCGAAGCCACUUUGAUACCACGAGGGCCAAGGAUCUUUCAGCGACUGUCCUGCGAAUCGUUCUAGUCACCUUUACCUUUUUACUGGCCACCUGUAUUCCCAAUCUGGGCUCCAUUAUUUCGCUGGUGGGAGCCGUCAGCAGCUCAGCUUUGGCGCUCAUUGCGCCGCCUAUAAUCGAAAUUAUCACCUUCUAUAACGUAGGCUAUGGCCGCUAUAACUGGAUGCUGUGGAAGGACUUUCUCAUUCUGAUCUUUGGACUGUGCGGCUUUGUCUUCGGUACCUGGGCCAGCUUAGCUCAAAUCUUAAACGACAAGACCCAUUGAGUU